GCACGCUGCCGGGGACACGUGUCCCCGAGGCCAGACGCUCGUGCCGUGCCGUGCCGUGCCGUGCCGUCACUCCGCCGCAUCCAUCCCUCCGUCCCUCCCUCCUCCCGCAGCACACAAGCAUGGUGCGCUGCAGAGCAGCAGCUCCGGUGCCGCCAGCCUCCUCCAUCACCGCCGCCGCCGCCGCUUCCCCUCGGCGUUGAAGUCCUUGGGGAAGGAGAGGAGCAAAAAGGGCUCGGCUGCGGCUCCCUGCAGCAGGGCAGCGGCGUGCGGGGAAGGGGAAGGAGCAGGGCUAGGCCGGGGCGAUGGAGCUGCGGCGCUGCAGGAGGAUGCCCAGGGGCCAGCUCUCGGCUCUCCUGCUCCUCCUGGCCUCCGCCUGGCUCUGGGGGGCUGCGGGGGGCCGGCGGCCUCCCCGGCCUCCCCCUUGCCCCCCGAGCUGCUCGUGCACGCGGGACACAGCCUUCUGCGUGGACUCCAAGGCCGUGCCCAAGAACCUGCCCCCCGAGGUCAUCUCGCUGACCAUGGUGAACGCGGCCUUCACGGAGAUCCGAGAGGCGGCUUUCGCCCACAUCCCCUCGCUGCAGUUCCUCCUGCUGAACUCCAACAAGUUCACGCUGAUCGGCGACAACGCCUUCGCCGGCCUCUCGCACCUGCAGUACCUGUUCAUCGAGAACAACGACAUCCAGGCGCUCUCCAAGGCCACCUUCCGCGGGCUCAAAUCGCUGACCCACCUGUCUCUGGCCAACAACAACCUGCAGACGCUGCCCCGGGACCUCUUCAAGCCUUUGGAUAUCCUGAGUGACUUGGACCUGCGGGGCAACACGCUGGCCUGCGACUGCAAGAUCAAGUGGUUGGUGGAGUGGAUGGAGAGCACCAACACCACGGUCCCCGCCGUCUUCUGCAGCAGCCCCGGGCAGUUCGAGGGCCAGCGGAUCCGGGACCUGGCGCUGGGUGACUUCCAGUGCAUCACCACGGACUUCGUGGUGCACCAGGUGCUGCCCUUCCAGUCGGUGUCGGCCGAGCCCUACACCUACGCCAGCGACCUGUACGUGGCCCUGGCGCAGCCCGGCGCCAGCAGCUGCGCCGUGCUCAAGUGGGACUACGUGGAGCGCAAGCUGCGCGACUUCGACCGCAUCCCCGCCCACUCGGCCGUGCACUGCAAGCCCAUCGUGGCCCAGAGCCAGCUGUACGUGGUGGUGGCGCAGCUCUUCGGCGGCUCCUACAUCUACCGCUGGGACACGGCCGUGGACAAGUUCAUCAAGAUCCAGGACAUCGACAGCCAGAAGACCCGCAAGCCCAACGACAUCGAGGCCUUCCAGAUCGAGGGCGAGUGGUACUUCGUCAUCGCCGACAGCUCCAAGGCGGGCUCCACCAGCCUCUACCGCCUCAACCAGAACGGCUUCUACUCCCACCAAGCCCUGCACGCCUGGCACCGCGACACCGACGUGGAGUACGUGGAGAACGACGGCAAGCCCCGGCUCAUCAUCUCCAGCAGCUCCCAGGCGCCCGUCAUCUACCAGUGGAACCGGGCGCAGAAGCAGUUCGCGCCGCAGGGGGAGGUGGGCGAGAUGCUGGACGUGCAGAUGGUGAAGCACUUCAGGGUGAAGCGGGAGCAGUUCCUCUGCCUCAGCCGCUACAUCGGCGACUCCAAGGUGGUGCGCUGGGAAGGGCAGCGCUUCGUCGAGCUGCAGACGCUGCCGUCCCGCGGCUCCAUGGUGAUGCAGCCCUUCGCCGUGGGGCAGCGGCGCUACAUGGCCCUGGGCAGUGACUUCUCCUUCACCCACGUCUACCUGUGGGAAGAGGAGAAGCAGAAAUUCGUCAAGUUCCAGGAGCUGGCGGUGCAGGCGCCGCGCGCUUUCCGCUACGUGCCCGCCGCCGACGUGCAGCUCCUGCUGGCGCCCAGCUUCAAGGCCAACACGCUGGUCUACCGGCACGUGGUGGUGGACCUCAGCCUCUAGCGGGGGGAGGCAGAGCCCGGCUGCCCCCGAAGCGGCUCUCACCUCCCCCAGGGGCUGCUCCAGCCCGUGACCAGGCCCAGGGACACGCAUGCGCCCGCCAGCCCCGUCCUCCCGCCUGCAGCCGACUCUGCCCCGCGGUCACAGCCCGGUCCCCGCACUCCUCCCGCACCCACGCCCCUUUGGGGGGAAGCCACCGGCCUCAUUUUUCCCCUGGUGCACCCACAGGUCCCCUUAUCUGCCCUCCCAUAUGCAGCACCCGUGGCCACCCCGUCCUGGCUGCGUGCUGGGACACCCCUCGCCCCACAGAGCGAUGCCCUUGGGUGCUGGCAGGGGGGAGCACGGGCACGGGGGGCUCUGCCCGCUCAGGCACGGGGCAUGGGGACACUGCUGUGGGGCUGCAGGGCCAGGGCUGGCUGGGAUGGUCCCAGGACACUGGGCUGCUUCCAGGUGGGUGGGAUGCUCGAGAGCAGCGGGAUGUUCGCAGGCUGAUGGGAUGCUUUGAUGCCGAGGCGUGUAACGGGGUGCUCCGGGGUCGAUGGGAUGCCCCAGGGUGGAUGAGAUGCGCCAAGGUGGAAGGGGAUGCCCCAAAAUGGAUGGGAUGCCCUAAAAUGGAUGGGACACCCCAAGGUGGAUGGGAUGCUACGAGGUGGAUGGGAUACUCUGAGGUGGAUGGGCUGCUCCGAGGUGGAUGGGGUGCUCAAGAACAGUGGGAUACUCCAAUGCCAAGAUGUAACGGGAUGCCCCAAGGCGGAUGGGAUGCUCUGAGUUGGAUGGGAUGCCCCGAGGCAGAUGGGAAGCCCCGAAGUUAAUGGGAUGC